AUAAAAUCUCGUUUCAAGUAAUCCGUAAUACUGUCUAUAAUUUAAAUGAAUAUAAUCAGUUUUGAUCGAAAUGGAAGAUUCAGGUGUUUGUACAUAUCGGCCAACGAUGAAAUAUAAUUGUCUUUUGGACAAACCUGAUGCUGGUCGACAAAAGAAUCCUUUGUGCAAAUUACCGACAUCUAGUUUUACUUAUGGCAGCCCCAGCGGUAUUCCAGCUGGAAGUGUCAAAGAAGCCUUGUGUAACUGGCCCGACAGCAGGCUGCUGGUUAAGAAGGGCGGCAAAGAGGACUGCCCUAAAAACGAUCAAAUUUCUUACAGAAGAAUCAAACUUAACAAAGUUCCGGAUUUCACAUUUGGAAAAUCAUCAAGUGAAACUGAAGACAUGAAAGCACUAAUGUGUCAUGGUUACAGAGAAAGACUUCUUCAGAAAAUGAAAGCAGAAGAAGCGGCAAGAAGACAAAAAAUCAUCAAGAAAGAAGAAAGAUUAGCAAGUAGAAGACUUGUAAUGAUUCCACUGCAUGUAAAUACAAAAGAAAUAAAGGAAUCGUUAUGGAAGAUGAGUCGAUUUAGUAAGGUACAACCAAAAGUAAGCACCUGGAGGGAACCAGUCAAAAAUACAAAGGAUUCAAGAGAAACAAAAUUAUGAUGUAUUCAUGUCUUUCAGUUGUUUUCAGUUCAGAAAAAUGGUUCUUGGCUUUUUCAAGAUCAUAUGUAAUGCUGAAAGUCAAUUACUUGCAAGUUUCAUUCUUAUAUUUAUAUGUUAAGCAAUUUUUACAACUAAGUUUAUAUUAGCUCUAUUUGUUAUAUUAAAUCAAUGCACUGAAAUUAAUUUAAGGUUUUAAAAAAAAAACAGCAGUUUAAAUCAAUAUUUAUAAAAAUUUUAGGAAGGAAAUUGAUCACUUUCUUAAUAUGAAGGAUUAUAUAAUUAUACUGUUAAAAAAUUCAAACAGCUUUAAUGCUUAUCUUAUGAGCAAUAACACAUUACAUUAUUUUUGGUGCUACAAUUUUUGCACAACUCAUUUUAAUGAAUGUAAAAUGGCAACCAUUAUAACUUUGAUUUAAUUUUUAUCAUUCAGAUACAUUCAGUGUCUGCCAAUUAUUGAACUCACUGGUUAGUACACUUAGCCGUUUAUUAUAUUCAAAGUUCCAAGAACAAAACGAAUGCACACUAAUCAAUAGAAAAAUACUUUUAUUAAACUCCUCUCCACUGCUUAUAAAACUCAGAUUGGGAAAUGACUAGUUUUUUAAUGCCACAGUAUGGUACUUCUACCUAUCAAAGAUUUUGUAAUUCAUCUAUUUAACAUAUUGUGACUUACCAUUUAAAUAAAAUGAGUUUGACCGAAAUUUUCUUAUCUGCUGAUCCAGGGACAGAUGAAGACUUCCUAAAGCAUUUACACAUUGAACUUCGUCUUGAUUUAGCUAUACUAUACAUUUCAUGGUAAGAGGGCCGUAGGAAACUUUGGUGGUACCCUAAUCAAUGAACACUUUUUCAAAGUGCCCUUUAUUUAUUUAUUUACUUUUUGCUUAUUUUGUUUAAUAGUUAAUUUAGCUCUGACCUAGUACCUGUGAGACACUUAUCAGAUUUCUUUGUCUGCAGUGGACUUCAAAGGAGGACAAAGAAUUUCCUUACCUUAAGGUUGACAAAAACAACCCUUUAGAAACAAUGUAAACGAGUAGAAGUUCCUUCUCAAAUACCAACUGCUAGGAGGUAAAAGUGCAAAUUCUGUACCCUAUUUUUAAGGGCCAUUCACAAUGGGAUUUACAUGAGCUAAUCAAGGCGAUUAGCUUCACUCUAAUUAAGUUUAAAAUUUUCAACUUGCUCAACUACAAAGAAAAACUGGUUUUUGAGCAGCAUUAGCUGUGCCAGAUGUCUCCAAUUCCUCAGAUAAACUCUAGUAUGAAUAAGUUUCCCCAUUCAAACUGCUCCUUUGCGAUAGAUAUAUUAUGUUCACCAAGAGUUAUAAAAAAU